GUGACGUCACUUUUGACUUUGUGCUGCUGGUGGCGGGAGAAGCUGCAGUAACGCAGGUGGUAAAAAGAAGUUAGUUAAUUGAUUAUUAUUAUUUAAAAUGGGCCGUGUGUUGCACGGUAUCGUGGCGGUCUGUCCUGACCUCGGUAUCGGUAAGAACGGAAACCUGCCCUGGCACCCGGUUAGACUCAAUAACGAAUUCAAACAUUUCCGCAAAAUGACAUCGACGCCGUCUGUGGAAGGGAAGCACAAUGUGGUAAUCAUGGGCAGGAAGACGUGGUUUUCCAUCCCUGAGAAGAACCGACCGUUGAACAACAGGAUCAACAUUGUCCUCAGCAGAGAGCUCAAAGCACCUCCUGCAGGAGCCCAUUACCUGGCUGCAGACUUCAGGUCAGCUCUGAAGCUGGUUGACACGGAGUUGGCGGAAAAGGCAGACCAGGUGUGGGUUAUUGGCGGCAACUCUGUUUACCAGGAGUUUAUGGGGAGUCCAGGUACCAGAAGACUUUUUGUCACCCGAAUCUUGAAACAGUUUGAGUGUGACACAUUCCUCCCUGAAAUCAGCCCAGAUAAAUACCGGCUACUGCCAGAGUUUCCUGGAGUUCCACGAGAUCUUCAGGAGGAGAAUGGUAUCCAGUACAGAUUUGAAGUCUACGAGAGCAUCGAGUAGUAAAGUACAACGAGCCGGAACUUCAGAUUUGGUACCUGUAUGUAAACGGUGUAAAUUUUCAUUUCUGUGGGGGCAGCGACGUUUGUCAGAAUUAAUGUAAACUAGUUGCUGGAUUUACAGCUUCAGGCAUUUGGACUUGAAGUGACUUUUUUACCAUCCUCUGUCUACCCGUGGUUUUUAAAUAAAGGGUU